AAUUUACAGCUUGAAACUGGUUAUAUCAUCAUCAAUAUGAAUGCGAUAGCUGUAUUACGUGGCGAUACUGUUAGUGGAAUUAUUCGUUUUAAACAGGAUAAAGAAUCCUCACCAACAGCAAUUAAUGGUGAAAUCAAAGGUUUAACUCCUGGUUUGCAUGGUUUUCAUGUUCAUCAAUACGGUGACACUACAAACGGAUGCAUUUCUGCUGGUCCACAUUUCAAUCCUCACAAUAAAACACAUGGCGGUCCAACUGAUGAAAUAAGACAUGUUGGUGAUCUUGGAAAUAUUGUAGCGGGGGCCGAUGGCACUGCUCACAUUGAUAUGUCUGAUAAACAUGUACAGUUAUCGGGUCCGAAUUCGAUAAUUGGUCGUUCAAUUGUUGUGCAUGCUGAUCAGGAUGAUCUCGGGAAAGGAACUGGCGACAAGAAGGACGAAAGUUUGAAAACCGGUAACGCCGGUGCUCGUGUCGCAUGUGGUAUUGUUGCUCUUAGUGCUACAUCCUGAAUCAAUUUUUCUUUUUUGUGGAUUUUUUUAAAGAAAAUGUGAUUUUAAUGCUUUCGUAAUGGUUUAUCAAAUGUUAUUUCCUCAUGUACUUCCAGCGUUCCUAUCUCCGGUGAAAUCUUCUUAAAAGUACGUGUUCCACUGGUAGAGAAAUAUGCAUCUCACUUCCACUCUAUUUUUAUUAUUAAUUCCUACCUUGUUCCUUAUCAUUACAUCUUGGUAUUUAUUUUGUUAAAUUACGUAGUAAACGCGCUCACAUUAUCCAUGUAGCAAAUCAAGUA